AUGACGACCCCCCCCAGCUCCUUCCAGCAGGAGCCCCUGACCCCCCCCAGACCCCCCCACUCCUCCUCCCUGAAGCUCAACCAGGUGGGUCAAGUGGUUCUGUAUGGUGUACCCAUCGUCUCCUUGGUGAUCGACCAUCAGGAGCGGCUGUGUCUGGCCCAGAUCUCCAACACUUUGCUGAAGAACUACAGCUAUAACGAGAUCCACAACCGCCGCGUGGCGCUGGGUAUCACCUGUGUUCAGUGCACCCCUGUCCAGCUGGAGAUCCUGAGGCGAGCUGGCGCCAUGCCCAUCUCCUCCCGCCGCUGUGGCAUGAUCACCAAGCGAGAGGCGGAGCGGCUGUGUAAGUCCUUCCUGGGAGAGAACAACCCCCCCAAACUGCCCGACAACUUCGCCUUUGAUGUGUCACACGAGUGUGCCUGGGGUAGCCGUGGUAACUUCAUCCCAGCGCGCUACAACAGCAGCAGAGCCAAGUGCAUCAAGUGUUCCUACUGCAGCAUGUACUUCUCUCCUAACAAGUUCAUCUUCCACUCUCACCGUACUCCUGAUGCCAAGUACACCCAGCCGGACGCUGCUAACUUCAACUCCUGGAGACGCCACCUGAAGCUGUCAGAUAAAACCCCUCCUGAUGACCUGGCGUUUGCCUGGGAGGACGUGAAGGCCAUGUUUAAUGGUGGCAGCAGGAAGCGGUGUCUACCCUCAUCUCACUGCUCCCCCAUGGGGCCGGGGAAGGUUGUGAACUCCGGUCUGCCCCACAUGAUGACCCCUGACCUGGUCCAGAAGAGGAGCCGCUUCGAGGAGGAGGAGGACCUGGAUGGAAGCAGCCUGUCUCCCCGUAACAACCCUCGCAGCUACCCGGUGAUCCCUGUGCCCAGUAAAGGGUUCGGCAUGCUGCAGAAGUUCGCCCCCACUUCCCUGUUCCCCAACCCUUACUCCUUCCCAGCCUUCAGCCUCUGUCAGCAGAAUAAAGAUGACAGUGAGGUGGCUGGAGGACAGAAGAACACUGGUCUGUCAGGUCUGCUGUGGCCCGGUCGUAAAGACACCUUCUAUCCUCCGUUCUGCAUGUUCUGGCCCCCUAGGGUCGCUGGGGGCCUCCCGGUGCCCACCUACCUGCAGCCACAGCCCUCCGUCAACACUCUGUCCUCAUUGGCCGAGAGGCCCUCCCUCAGGCAGGCCUUCCUCGACAUCUCAGAGCCCCCACACCCAGGGGCAGGGACAGGCAUGGGAGCCACACCCAGGUCAGGUCUGUUUGACCUUGACUCCUGCACCCUGACCUCUGACCUGCGCCCUGUGAACUCAGAGGGUUGGCUGAAGGUGUUGGACAACCCAUCUCUCCAGGCCAGGAAAGCCUACUACCACUCAGCCUUCCGACCCGUCGUCAAGGACGCAGAAAGCAUCGCCAAGCUCCAUGGCAACCUGGAGGAGUUUGGGUCAGAGCUCCACCUGUCCCCCGGGACCAGCUGCAGCUACGCCUCUGAGAGCGGAGGAGAAGGGGAGGAGGAAGGAGAGGUGGAUGUAGAGACCAAGCAGGAUGAAGAGGAGGAGGAAAGCUUCAACAGACCAACCCCACCACAGACACACAGCGGGCUGCACCUUCGAGGGCUGACUGAAGGAUCAGGACCUUGGGAGAGAGGAGAGAGAGAGGCUGUCCCCUUCCCCUGCAGCCCUGCAGAUCACAUCCAGGACCAGAGCAGCAGUAAGCUGCCUGCCUCUCCUCCUGCUCCCCCUGCCAGCCUCACACUCUCUCUCCCCAGCCCCACACACACCCCGCUGCCACUGGAGGACCAGGCCUACAAACAUGUCAAAACUCAUAAAAGCAGAGACCAUGGACUGCCUGUUUGUGCAACCAAAGAAAACUCCAAAACAGCUGAUGAAAACAAAGAACCUAGCAACUUCUUUGUAUCAGAGACUAAAUCAUCUGACCCUGAGUACUGGAGAGAGAUGGCAGGGGAUCAAUCUCAAGAUGGAAGUUCCCCCGUGCCACUAAAGGAGGAUGUUGAGAACAUGGAGAAAGAGGAACUCCAGAAGGUUCUGUUGGAACAGAUCGAUCUACGAAGACGACUAGAGCAGGAGUUCCACGCUCUGAAGGGAAACUCCCCCUUCCCUGUGUUCCAUUCCAUCCAGAAACAUCCGGAAAGAAAAGAUCACAUCACAUCUUAACAGCUAAAUGGGAACGUGGAAGACAUUCCUGAAAAUCUGAAGGAGAAACUAAGGUCCUAUGAACCUCAGGAGUAACAUAACCUGAAACAGGACUAAAACCAUCUGAAACAGAUAUGUGACAUCGUCCCCACCAUCCAACCCAUGACCAUUACCCUUGGACAGAUAACAGUCUCUGAUAUGAAGUAUCAUGGAGCAUGAUGCAUCAAAAGAGAACAUUAAAAACUCAUCCUAAUUUUAUUUAUUUUGAUUAACUUGAAUUUAUUCAGGGUAUCCUAAUUGAGACCAAGGUCUCAGUCCCAAUGGUGCCCUGAGUACAAACAUUUUCUCACAGACAGGAAGAACAAUUAAGAAAUAGAACAAGCAGAAUACCAAUAACCACAAGGUAUCUUCCUUGUUCAGAAGAUAUAAUGGAUGAAUUGUCAUUAAUACAAAAUCAAUUAUAUUAUUAUUAUUACAAACUGUUAAUGCAGAUGUAUUUAAAUAUAUGUUCUUGAAGUUUCUCUACUAUUUAUGUUCAUAAAUAAAAGUCUAUACAAUAAUUA